UCAUUUUGUCUCGAUUAACAUGUGGUCUAUUAUUAAAAAUAAAGACUGUAGCGGCUCUUAAACGUUAUGAUGGGUGUCUCUGCGGACCUCAAGAAAUUCUUAUAAUUAGAUUGGGAAUUCAAGAGAAGCGAUACGCCCUCUGGUGGCUCUAAAAUCAACUGGUUUCUGCCACAUUAUUUCCUAACCUUACUUUUAUAUCGAUUGUUUAUCUAAUGUUUACACUCAUUUUGUGUCUUUUUCAAAAUUAUAUUUGUUUUUCUGUUAUCGCGUGUUGUGUUAGGAUUAGAAAUAAAAAAAAUACGCGUCGAACGUAUAACCUCCUCUUUUUUUGAAGUCGGUUAAAAAAGGAGAAACGACCAGUGAACCAGUGUACCAAAGCAUGGCGUUCAAUAACAAUUUUUGUUGUGUGCCACAGUGCAAAUCCUGGGCCAAAAAAGACCCUGAAGGAGAAUUAAGCUUUCACAGAUUUCCCAAAAAGGAUGCUAGGAAAGUUUAUGUCGAAAAUAAGAUGGGAAAGUGUUUAAUGGAUCAAAGAAAAGCUUGGAUAUUGAAACUUAAAAUUGGCAAGCAAGUUUCCGAAACUAUGAAAGUGUGCUCUCUUCAUUUUGUCAAGGAUGAUUAUUUUAACAAAGGGUUAACCACACAAAGGGGUAGAGUUCUCAAAAAGACUGCAGUACCUUCUCAAAAUCUUCCCAUUUCUACAGUUAGUUCAGCAAAAUCUGCAACUGCAACAUCAUCAUCUGAUCGUGCUUCUAGAUACAAAAAGAGAAAAUUGUCCAAUCAAAACGAAACUGAUUUAUGUACGAGCACAAAUGAGGACUCCAAUGAAGAUGACCAAGAUGAUGAAGCAGGUAGCUUAAUAGAUUUGCUGAAAUCUACACCAGAUGUUAGUGAUAAGGAAGUAGAUAGUGUGCUUUUACAAAACAGGAAAGUGACUGUGCGAGAUUCAGAAGUGCAAGUGGACACACCUAAAAUCAACACACUGAGUGAUUUACUAAAAACCGAUUCUGCAUUAAGAAGUUUUACAGGCAUUAAUAAUUUUCAAAUUCUAGAAUGUAUUGUGGAAAUAGUAAAAAAAAAAUUUACAAUUGAUACAAGAUCACAUCGUCUAGAUGUGCGAGAGAGAGUUCUUUUAACAAUGGCAAAAUUAAAAUUGGACUUAAGUUAUAUUACUUUGGGUGCACUAUUUAAUAUAUCUGGUCAGCUGUGCAAAACAUAUUUUUUUGAUUUUUUAACAAUUCUAAGUCAAGUGUUUAAAUCAUGUAUUUAUUUUCCUUCUGAAGAAGAAAUCUCAAAAAAUUUGCCAAAAUGUUUUGAAUCUUUUAAGAAUUGUCGAGUUGUUUUAGAUUGUACAGAAAUCUUUAUUCAAAAACCAAGCUGCUUGUGUUGUAGAAUUAAGUUUUAUUCCCAAUAUAAAAAAUCUACAACUGUCAAGUUUAUGACUGGGGUGUCUCCUGGGGGGAUAAUAACUUUCAUCAGUAAAUCUUAUGGUGGAAGAGCAUCCGAUAAAUUAAUUUUUGAGGAAAGUGACCUAAUUAAAUUGUUAACACCUAAUAGAGAUUCAAUCAUGGUUGACAAAGGUUUUCUGAUUGACAAUUUAUGUGCUAUGUAUAAAAUUAACUUAAUAAGACCACCAUUUUUACGAAACAAAAAGCAACUUACAGUUGAAGAAGCUAUUUGUAAUAAAGAAAUUGCUGCAGCACGAGUGCAUAUUGAAAGGUCUAAUCAGAGGUUAAAAAUCUUUAACAUUAUUAGUGGAAAGUUGCAGUGGUCAUUAGUUUCAAAAAUUGAUGAAAUAUUUACAAUUAUUUGUGGAAUAACUAAUCUGUCAGCUCCUAUACUAUCUGAUGAAAGAUUUUUAUAAGGAUUGGUUAUGCUUCAAUAUGUAGUUAAUUUUUUUUAGGACUAGGUUGUGGUUGUAGGUACAUAUUUUUUUAUAUUUUUAUAGUUUUUUUUUCACGAAAGUACAUGUAUUUUUGUAUUAUUUUUUGCAUUGUUUACGACAUGGUUUGAUUUAAUUUGAUCAUUAUUAUGACUUCACGGGAUGGGUUACACAAGGGGUUCAUUGGUUUUAAAAAUUAAACAAAAUUACUCCAUUAAAGACUGAGACAUUGGCCAUUUAUUUCAUCUCACAUAUUGAAUGUAUCAUUUUAUUAAAAUAAUUGUUUUUAAUUUUCUCCAACAUUGUUUUGGAAAAUUUAUAAUCAUUUUCCACCUCUAAUAUUACACAACUGUCAUCAUAAGAUGCAUAUAAACAUAAAAAACAUUUUUCUAAGUUCAAUAUGCUCAUUCCUAAUUGAAUUUGACCAUAAUAUUGGUGUUUUUUCUUAAGUGUAUAUUUCCCAUUUGAAUUUAUGAUGAAGGUGCUUGAUCCUAGACACUCUUCAAUAGACAUUGUUGCACCUGAAAUAUUUUGCAUUUUUUGUUAUUUGUUUAAAAAAGGUAUUUGAGGACUUACCUAAGAAUAAACAUUUAAUUUCCAAUAAUGCAACUGGCUUUCCCUCAGAAUUCACUACCAUACCAUCUGGAGAAAAGCCCAACCAUUUGUUUUCUGGUGAUGUUAUCAUUCCACAUUCAAUUACGUCAUAUCCUGUUUUUGACAUAAAACACUCUCUCGCAAGUUUUUCGUAUUUUUGGCCAUGUUUUACAUAUUUGUUUGUAAAAGAUUUCGGGCAAAAGUACUUUUUACUCUUCAUUUCCCAGUCCAUUCCUCCAUAGGUGUAGAUCUCAUAACACCUAGAGCCAGUAAUUCGAUAUUUUCUGGCUUCAUGCCACUCAUGGGAAUUUUGCUUAAGGGUGAAUAGUUCAUCUUGAUCUUCAUUCAAGAUACUACGGUAUAGUGUUGCACAGCAAUUUGAUAUAAAAUUAGCUUCCACGCUAGCAAUUUCCAUUAAUAUGAUGGACUGUGCAGCAUUAUUUAAAAUUUUGCAGCCUACUGCAUCCAAAUCGAUUGAUUUGGUACUGCUUACAGUACUGUCCAAAUUCUUGACACGUCCUUUUCUAAAACAUGUAUGAUCAUAGUUAUAUAAAAAAUUUUAAUUACUGCAUAUACUUACGAAUGUUUUGCAAUAGCACAGUUUGGUAAAUUCUUGAUAAAAAAUUCAAAUAUACAUUUUUGUUUUUGAAGAUCUGAACUUACAUCCAGACCAACUUUAGAUCUGAUGCAAGGCAUUUCAAGUACAGGAAUAGCCUUAUAUUUAUUAUGUACAAAUCCUUUUCUGCCAGACCAAGCACAUGCAAGUUGAGUUUGAGAAAUAUCCUCUAACUCAAACAGAUUUUGCCUUGAAAUAUAAACAACAGUAAAUAAGUAUUCUAACAUAAUUUACAUAAAAUUUAUAACUAAACUGGACAAUAAUAACAAAAAAAACCUACCUUGUUAACAGUAUUAGGAAAGCUGAAAUAUGUUUGCAUUGUCCACCAGCCCCGGCUUUACAAGUGCAGUACAUUUGCUUAAUUGAAGCAGACCUAUUGGAAAUUGUUAAUUCCCCAUUUAAUUCAUGUGGAUCUGACUGUAAGGCACUAGUUUGCAGGCAAAGAGCACACACUUUCAGGAAAGUCUUGGUUAAUGCAGUUUUUCCAAACAAGAUUAUAUGGCCUGCAUUAACCACCUCUUCUCCUUCAACCACUGCCCUUGAAUUCGCAUUACAACCAAUGUAACUGAGAUAUUCAGUAAGGCUAAGGGUUAUUUGAGCCAUAUUUACUCUACAAACAACA